AUGAGUCUUCCCACUUUGAAUCAAUACCACAAAAAGCCCUAUCAGGCGAUUGACCCUGCUCUCCCUGCCCUCCAGCAGACAGGCAGAACCGUCAUUGUCACCGGAGGAAACAGCGGCAUCGGGUAUGCAAUCGCUCGCGGCUUUGUCAAAGCGAACGCUGCUCGUGUCAUUAUCCUCGGACGCCGCAAAGAUGUAGUCACAUCGGCAGCUACCAAGCUUCAAGAAGAGGGGCGCCAGUUCGGCAGUGGUACGGAUGUACAAGGCCGCACUUGUGAUAUAUCUGACCUAGCAUCCACUGAAAACCUCUGGAAGGCACUUGAAUCAGAGGGCAUCUCUGUUGAUGUUUUGGUCUUGAGUGCUGCUAGUUAUGGUGCUACUGAGACAAUUCUUGAUGGAGGUCUGUCCAAGGUCUGGGGUGACUUUGAGUCCAAUGUUCGAAGUACUCUGGAUAUGACAGGACGAUUCUACAAGCAAAAGACGACAGACUCAGGUCAAACCAAGUUCCUGGUCAACAUCUCAAGCUGUGCGGCUUACAUGUGGUCAACAAUGGGUCCAGACCGCCCAACAUACGGCUUGACAAAGAAUACCAGCACCCUUCUCCUACAGCAGAUCGCGCAGGAUACUAGGCCCACUGAUAUGCAGAUUGUCAGUUUCCAUCCGGGUGGUGUUUUGACCGACUCUGCCAAGAGGGUUGGUGGCGAUAACCUGAAGGGCCUUGUCUUUGACGAUGAAAACCUUCCAGGCCAUUUUUCUGUCUGGGCAGCAACCCCUGAAGCCAGAUUUCUUCAUGGCCGUUUCGUCUGGGCUAAUUGGGAUGUUGAUGAAUUGAAGACUGGUCCUGUACGUGAACAGAUUGAUACUGAUGAGCACUUUCUCAAGGUUGGCGUGGAGGGACUAUCUGAGAAGAUGGGAGGCAUGGUCAUGGCUUAG